CUGAAGUGGAAAGGAUGCCAGACAAGUAGAGUGGAGGCCAACACAGUGGUUUUCCCACCAACUGUGUUUCACUGCCAGUACAGAGGAAUUUAACAACACAGUGUGAUUCAUGUUUAUUUCCUCCACCCCCUCUCUGUGCGUGGAUGGUGCCUGUCACUGUGGAUGUUUGUGUUGCAAAGGCUCCAAUACUGUGACGUCACUGUGAGGCCGGUCUGUGGACUAAACUCUCAAUACCCCAUGGUGUUGGCCAUUGUUUAAAGGGGUGAAUGCGGUCGGGCCUCUCCUUGGCAUCCAGAGAAAGCGCUCUCUGGGCUCCCUCCAUCCUUCAGGCUGUAUCAGGUGUCCAGGUUGUGUUGAACAGGAUCUGCACUUACCUACACGGUAAAUGAGGAGGACAAGCGAUGUCUCCAGACGACAGCUGUGGCAGAGUUUGCAGCAGAGGCUUAUAUAGCUGCCACUGGAAGCACUCAAGUAUACCGAAGAGAAAACAUGCACUCUGUUGGUUCUCGGUUGUGACCGUGGUCUCCCUGCUCUCCUUGUCCUGGAUGUACAUCUGUCUGGUUACGUUCAAUGACCGAGACGAUGUUAACUGGGAGGGCUUCGCAAAUCUGAAACGAUGGGUGAAUUGGUUCAUGGUGCUGAUUAUCAUUUCUGCCGUGCUAACCAGCUACUGUGUUCUGCUGCUGCUCUUUGCAUUGGUCCAAGUUGCCUUAGGGGAGCCGCUCAACUUACACUGGCUACACAAGAUCUUCUUAUUUUUUGGCGUAAUAUUCAUCACUUUUGGAGUCACAGGAAUUUGCCUCAAGUGGCAAAGAGAAUGGCCGACUGUUCCUCUGUCACUGCAGGCCACAGCUCCUUUCUUGCAGUUUGGUGCUGUUGCAGCGUUGACCCUGCUGAGCUUGUUUGUCUUCCAGGGCUUCCACAUGGCCGAGGGGAAAUGGUCUAAGUUCCUGAUUGCAGUGAUAUUUGUGGUGCUGUCAGCAGCCAUCUUCCUGUGUCCCCUGUGCAUCCACUCCCCUUGUCUGAUAGAGCCGAACAAAUUACCUGAAAAACCAAAGCUUUUUGGUCACCGCGGCGCACCCAUGCUGGCCCCGGAGAACACCAUGAUGUCAUUCAACAGGAGCAUCGCGUGCGGAGUGACAGCCUUUGAGACAGACGUACAGCUCAGUAAAGACAGAAUUCCCUUCCUAAUGCAUGACAAUAACCCUGGGUUCUUGCGGCGAACGACAAAUGUCAAAGAGAAGUUUCCCAAUAAAGACUUCAGCCAUAGCACCAACCUGACCUGGAAGGAAUUACAGAGUCUGAAUGCAGGUGAAUGGUUCCUAAAGACAGAUCCUUUCCAUUCAGUGUCCAAGCUCUCGGAAGAGGAGAUGGAAACUGCCAGAAAUCAGACCAUUCCCUCCUUGCUCCAGCUCCUUCACCUCGCCAAGCAGCACAACGUCUCAGUGCUAUUUGACCUAUAUAGCUCCAACCAGGAAAAUGACACAGUGGACACAGUCAACACCAUCUUGAGUUCUGGCAUUGACCCAAGCCUGGUCCUCUGGCUUCCUCCAGCAGAAAGAGAAUAUGUAAAUAAGACUGCUCCAGGCUUCACCCAGAUUUAUGACAACGAAAGUGUUAUGCUUAACAAAGGAGGGGACCACCUGAAUAUGAAAUACAGCAAGUUUAGUUCAAAAGAAAUCAGGCACCUUAGGAGCAGGAGGGUUACGGUGAACCUGUGGGUGGUUAAUGAGGGUUGGCUCUUCUCUCUGCUGUGGUGUGCGGGCGCCAGCUCUGUUACCACCAACUCCUGCCACCUGCUCAAAGACAUGGACGGGCCCGACUGGGUCAUGGCACCUCUUACUUACACAAUAAUAUGGAUUACAGUGGACAUUGUAUCUAUUCUGAUAAUGACGGCACUCUUCAUCUUGAAGUGGAAAACGCGUUUCUGUGACAGAAAAGGGACAGACAGGCAAAGAAACAAUACUUCAACCUGGAACGAGAAAGAACUGUCUCCCUUCUUAUCCACCGGGUAGUUUGCCCGACUUUUUCUGCCACAAAAAUGACAUAGAUCCUUCUCUGCACCGCCACAAUGGUUUGGACCUCGACCAGUAAGAAAGCAAGUUAAUGUAGAUAACCAUACACUGUAUUCUCAAGCCAAGAACUUUCAGAACUUAUAAGAUAUUAACCAAAUAUUGGCAGCAUGCCACUGGAUGGCUGUUUUACUCUUUUGUUUCUGUUUAUAGAUUUAACUGGUUAACUGGGUAUUAAUCAUUCUUCUGUUGCUACUGUUGUCUGAUUGUAUCAUAGCUGGAAAUAUGUGUAUAUGCUGUACACUGAAGCAAAAGCACGAUGACUAUUUUCUACACUGUCCUGUGUCUGUGUAUUUUAUCCUUAACUACAUACAUAUUUUUGUUUCUUUAUUUCCGUAUUAUUAAAACAAAUGAAACGGUCACAUAUUUCUGCACUCUGCCUUUUCACUAGAAAUACAGAAAUAAAUGGCAGAGCACAUUUUACCUGCACAAUGUGUAGGUACUGUACUACUACUUUUUUUUUUUUACAUUUAGCUGAUAAUAGUUCUACUUAUGUACACAUUUAUGGAGCCAUCCAGGCCAAUAGUUUUGCUCGUUUGAAAAAAAGAUUUGAACCUAAAAAUGCAAGUGUUGGUCUUGAACAUUGAACAAUUCAACAAUGUAUUCGAAAUAAAAAUAACUAUAUG